CAAUGUCAAUUGUAAUUAUCAAAACGGCAUCUCAUUGUGGUUUGUUUUUGUUGUAAAUAUUAUAAAAUAAACCAAGUUCAAAAUCAUCCAAAAAUGAGUCCAAGUCACUACUGGAAGUUUAUCGAUGAAAGCGACUUAUCGGGAUAUAGUUUAAUAAUCCCUAGCGUGGCCGUGGGUAAUGUUGGCCAACUUGCAUGUGAUUUGCUUAUUUCGUCUUUGAAGAUGAAGAAAAUCGCUACAGUGUACAGUCCGGCGUUUAUACCAGUUUUAGGAUAUGAUCCAUAUGAUUUAAAAUCGAAGAGCUUGUCAAGUUCUUGUGAAGUCUACAUCUGUGAUUCAAGAAAAAUUGUUGUCUUACAGAUAAGGGCACCUUUGGUUUACAAAUUCGCACAGUCAUUUCUAGAGAAUAUAGUGCAAAUAUUUAAAGAGAAAAAUGUACAGAAUGUCGUACUUUUGACAAGUAGCUAUGCCCAUGAAAAAAAACAUAUUAGUACUUCGCCAUUUCGAUACAUAUGCACAGAAUCUACUCCUUAUGACAAUGAAGUGAAUGAACUGAAAUGGACUAAACACGAUCAAGAAGAAGGUAGACUGAAGAUUUUUGGUGGUGGUUUUGCAUCAAUGUUUUUUGAAAUAUGCAAAAAUAAAUCACUGCCAUGUUUCAUACUUUAUAAGUUUUGUUCUGAAGGUGAUAAUAGCCCAGACGCAUAUGAUAUGGUUUAUCAUUUAAAUAAAAUAUUGCCAUUGUUUAGUCAAGACAAAGAUUUCUCUUCACAAUUAAAACAACCUGUUUCUUGGAAACUAUUAUUUGGUAGACCACCACCUAAAGAUAUUUAUUAA